AUGCCCGGAUCUCUGGACGUCCGCAUCCACGCGCCGCGCCGCUUCCGCCGCGGAGCUACGCUCUGCGCCCGGAAGGCGCUGCGCAAGGCUCACCGCGCACUGGGUCCCAGCAUCUACUGGUGGAUCAUCACGGGGCUGGUGUUCGUUCUCGGUCUCCUUCGCGUGUUCGGCCUGGUUCGUGCUUGGAUGAUCCGCCGCCGCUCUUCUCGCCGCCUCGCGGACGAACACUCGUCGGCGACCUCAUCGCCUACCCUUGCCACCAACGAGAAGGGUUCGCCCCUGGGUGUUGCUCCGGCCGCUGCCUCCAUGCCGCACGCUCAGCCUGGGCUUUCGACGGCUGCCGCCGCAGCCCGCGCCCUCUUCAACAACUACUCCUACGUGCGCGUGUUCCCGCUCUGGAUCUUCUCGCACACCAACGCUGCUGAGCUGUGGUGGACUGCCGCCUAUACUGGCAUCGUGCUCGGCCUCGCCUUCUGGAUUUCGUACUGGGACGGGGUCCUGGACAUUGCCAACCCCAUGGGGUACGCUGCCUUCAUGCAGCUUCCCCUCAUCGUCGGUCUUGCGUCCAAGAACAACGUCCUGUCAGCCAUUACGGGCAUCAGCUACGAGAAGCUCAACUACCUGCAUCGCGCAGCGGGGCGCGUGUGCGUGCUCACGUCAUGGAUCCACUGGGCCAAGUGGGUGCAAAAGGGACUCGGCAAGCACGGGCCGGGGAGCGAGAUUUUCUUGACUGGCGUGCUCGGUGUCACAGCGCUGUCUCUCAUGUUCCUCAGCAGCUUUGCGCUGGUGCGCCGUGUUGCGUACGAGCUCUUUCUCUUCGUGCACAUCCUCAUGGGCAUCGUGUUUCUCGUCGCCAUGUACUUCCACAGUCCCAGCCGCUGGUUCCAGCACUGGGUGUGGCCCAGCCUCCUCCUGUGGGGCUUGGACCGCAUCGUGAGCUUCGGACGCAUGAUCGUCGUCAACAAGGUCUGGCUCCUCCCCUUCCGUAGUAAGCGCGAGGAGCACAGCGCGUGCACGGUCGAGCUGGUGUCAAGCGACGUGCUGCGCCUCCGCGUGCGCCGUCCCCUCUUCCGCUGGCGUGCGGGCCAGCACGCGUUCGUCACCAUGCCCGGCGUUGCGCAGCUCCGGUAUGAGCAGCACCCGUUUACGAUGGCCAACAUUCCCGACGCGUCCGGCGAGGCCGUGUUCCUCCUCCGCGCCCAGACGGGUUUCACCCGCCGCCUGGUCAACCGCCUCUCCUCCACUAAAGACGCGGUCAACUGCUACCUCGAUGGACCGUACGGCACGCCGCACGAUCUGAACCACUACGGUGGCGUCCUUCUCGUCGCCGGCGGCACGGGCGUGACACACGUGCUCGCACACCUGGCGUCAAUCGUCAAGGCUGCGCGCGAGGACGAUUCCGCGUGCUCGCUCGUGCGUCUUGCCUGGAACGUGCGGGAGGAAGCUGCCGUGGGAUGGAUCGCACCUAUGCUCAACAUCGCACUGGCCGAGGGGUCGGGCACUGUGCGCGUGCGGGUCGAUAUCUUUGUCACACGCUCGCACCUCGCGGACGAGCCGAACGCCGAAGAGUGUCCUGUACCGCACCACCCGCACGCCGGGAAUGAAGACACGCCGGCCGAGACGCCCAUGUUCUCGCCAAAUGAGACGCCCGUACACACCCCCGGAGGAUCGCCGAAGGAGGUCAGCCCGCGGUCGAGCUCGGAGGCGAUUGAGAAGGGCUCAAGCAGCACCGACAUGGCCAAGGCGCUGCGUUACGGAGUCACGGGGCCAGCGGCGGCCGCCAUCACUUUCCACCGUGGGCGGUCGAACGUUGAGAUGCUCCUCCGCACCGACAUCGAUGCGGUGCCCGCACAAACUGCUGGCAUGGCUGUCGGGGUGUGCGGACCCACGUCCCUCAUGCUGGAUGCGCGGCGCGCGGUAUGCAGCGUCAACUCGGCCGGCGCUGUGUACAAGGGCCAGACGCCCAUCGACCUGUACAGUGAGACGUUCGGCUGGUGAGCGAGGAGCGAGAGCGUAAGUGAGCGAGUGAGAUGAGGAGAUGAUAACAUUGUAAUGCACGCACCUGUGCGUCGCUUCCGUAUGACUAGCAUGAUUAGUAUGAGACAGCAUUAGUAUGAGCGCCAGGAGGAUUGGUGGGUUGGAAGGAUUCAGCCGCGUCUCGAGGGAGAGUGUGGGUUCAUAGUCACACGGCUGAUCCGAGAUGGGAGGUGGGGGCACGGGCACGUGGGCCGCGGCCGAUGCGGCGCCCCCGCGCCCGCGUAUAUCCCCAGGUGAUCAAAUGAGCAGCUGCUAGG